UCAACUUGAUUCUGUGUCGUAAUUUGUUUAUUUCAAUAAAUCAUAUUGUAAAGUUUAAUGUUUAAAUUAAACAUUGAAUUUGUGAUUAAAUUAAUAAGAAUACUACAGUGGCAUGGUUCUAUAUUCAACUGGCAUGCCAUUUGACGAUUUAACUUUCAUUAGAUCUUUUUAAAACUUUGCUUACAACAAUUUUAUUCUAAAUUCUGUUGUUCUUUAAUAAUCCAUAAAAAAUGUCUUCCCGAAUGCAAGUGGAAAAGAAUAAGAACCAAGAGGAAAUGCGGCGACUGAUGGCUGAACGCAAAAAGAAAAAUAUAAAAUUAAUGAAAAUAGAUAACCCCCUUGCCAAAUACAACAAUGCAGGCCAGCUAACUUGUAUACUUUGUAACUCUAUAGUCAGAUCUGAAAAUGUAUGGACUGUACAUAUGAACAGUAAACAGCAUAGGGAAAAUAUUGAUAAAGCUAAGAAGUUGAAAGAGUUAACAAACAAUUUUACUGUUGGGAAAUUAAAACAGAAAAGAAUGAGUCCUCCUGUAGAUGUUCCAGCUGAAAAGAAACUAAAAGGAAUAUUAAAAAAUGCUGGGGAAGCAGUUCCCACAGUUGCACCAAAAUAUAACAAUAAUGCUCCUCAUAUUAUAUCAUAUCAUAAUGAAGAAAUUAAAAGAUCACCUCUUAUUUCUGGGCCACCUGUUGAGAGCAAGCAAGAACUUCAAGCAUCAACAGACAUUCAGGAGCAAGAUAUAAAAGUGCAAUCUUCUGAUCAGCCUAUACCAGAAGGGUUUUUUGAUGAUCCAAUUUUGGAUGCCAAGGUAAGAAAUAUCGAAUACAAAGAUCCAGUUGAAGAGGAGUGGGACAGAUUUCAAAAAGAAAUGAAAGAAGAAGCUAGCGCCUCUGCAGAAAUUAUAGCUGGUGAGCAAGAAGAAGCAACUGCAGAGCGACAAAUCGACGAAAUUGAUGAACAAAUACGCAAUUGGUCUAGAGUACUUGAGCUGGAAUUAAAAAAAGAGGAAACCAAAAAAAAAAACCAGGAUAUGGAAGAGCAAAUGAGUGAAAACAAUGAAGAUGAAGAUGGCAAUGAAGUUGAUGAUAUAGAUGAAUUUUUAGAUUGGCGGGCAAAAAAUUCGUACAGUUAACUCGGAUAUAAUUUUUAGCGGUAUGUAUAAUUUACUUUGAAUGUUCAAUACAAAUAUGGUAAACUACAAAAAAAAAAUAAUAUUGUGGUCCAUUUUCUUAACAUUCGCAGUAAAUUAUACAUGCUGAGAAACCAGUUUUUUGAUAUCUUAAAAAUCGAAUAUUUGAUAAGUCAGAUUGUGUACCUAUUGCUACGAACUUAAAAAUAUUUGCAUAUAAUGAUAUUUAUUGACUAGUAAGUCAAUAAAUAUCGUCAAGACAAGACAUUAAAUGUAUAUACUAUAACAAAAUGUUUUAUUAACC